CGGGUGCGGGGCGGCGGCGGGUCGCUGCUGCUGCCCUCCAUGCUGAUGUUCGCGGUGAUCGUGGCCUCCAGCGGCCUGCUGCUCAUGAUCGAGAAGGGCAUCCUGGCCGAGGUGAAGGCCCCGCCGCUGCACCCCCCGCGCAGGGACCUGUCUUGGAGGGGCGGCCGCGGCGCCCGGGCGGCGGCCCCCGAGGACGUGGGCCACCAGGUGCUGCAGGACAUCCGCAACCGGACCAUCCGCACGGUGUGUGGGCACAGGAACAUGCCUGGCAGCGUCUGGCAGCUGCCCGCGGCCCAGAGGAGGACAGCACUCAAGCACAUCCUGGUCAGCGACAAGUACCGCUUUCUGUACUGCUACGUCCCCAAAGUGGCCUGCUCCAACUGGAAACGGAUCCUGAAGGUCUUGGACGGGGCCCUGGAGAGCGUUGACGUCAAGGUCAAGAUGGACCACAAGAGCGACCUGUUUUUUCUCAGCGACAUGAAGCCGGAUGAGAUCAAUUACCGCUUAAAGCACUAUUAUAAAUUUAUAUUUGUUCGAAACCCAAUGGAAAGGCUUCUGUCGGCCUACAGGAAUAAGUUUGGGGAGAUCAAAGAGUACCAGCUAAAGUAUGGGGUGGAAAUAGUGAAAAGAUACCGGAAAAACGCAGGGAAGUCCACCGGAGAUGACGUGACCUUCUCUGAAUUUCUGCAGUACCUACUAGACGAAGAGCCAGAGAGGAUGAAUGAACACUGGAUGCCCAUCUACAACCUGUGCCAGCCCUGCGCCGUGAGGUACGAUUUCAUCGGAUCGUAUGAAACACUGAACGCGGAUGCAAAUCAUGUACUGGAGCAAGUGCAAGCACCCUCUUUUAUUCAGUUCCCUGAAAGACAAUCCUGGUACAAGCCUGUGACUGCAGAAACUCUGCAUUACUAUCUAUGUAAGGUGCAGCGUGGGCUUAUAAAAGAAUUAUUACCAAAAUACAUCUUGGAUUUCUCAUUAUUUGCCUACCCUCUUCCAAAUGUAACUAGUGAAUUUUGUAGGCAAUGAUUUUUGUUCCCCUGCCGCAGGAGGGUGUACACCUAAAAACUAUUGCUGGUAUAAGGAAGUUUGAGGUAUAUUUUUUGUUAUAUUUUUAUACCAGCAAAAGCAGUUAAGCCAGCAUUAAAGUGCUUUAUAAGAGCAUAGAUUUUUUUGCCUGGGGAACUAGUAUAACCUGUGUUUACACUAGGAAGUUUUGCCAAUAUAGUAUUACUAUUAAUAUCAUAUUGCUUCAUGGCCUCUGAAGCAAUCUGUGUGUUCUAUGCACAUUUCCUAAUUUUAUACUUUGUAAACUUUUUAUAUCAAAUAUUAUAUAGUGUUUGCAAUUUACAACUAGAAUAGGUUUUAUCUUUGUAGUGUUCCAGUUUUAGUACGUACGUGCCGCUGAAUUAAGCACAAUAGGUUUUGUAUGUCUAUUUUUUGAAAGCCUCACUCUAUGGCACAAGACAACAAAUAUAUGCAAAAGAAUCAGGAAAUGGGAAUAUGUUAAUUGUUCUUCUAUUUUUGUGCUCCAAAUCAUGUUUUUGUGGCAAAAUUAUGUAUGGUCUCAGCUGUAUUAACUAUUAUUCUAAAAAGUUAUUAAAGAAAAGUUAAGUUGUUUUUAGACUGAACUGGUGAUAACAAUGGUGAGAAAUUUGGGGGGUGUUGCCUGUAAUUUUCAUGCUCGUACUAUGCGUCUCAAGUGGACAAGCCAUUUCUUGUUCUGUAACAGGAUCAAUUCCUCUCUUGUGGAAGUUUUUUAGUUCAGUGUUGAACCCCAGUGGUGAGAUAUUAUUUCAAAGACAGUUCAGUGUUCAUUAUAUUUUGUGUGAUUAAAAAUCUGAAAGUAUCAGUUACUUGCAUAGAAAAAUAUUUAGCACAGCAGUGUGCAAGGGGUACUAACACAUUAUUUUAUUCCACUUAAAAAAACAAACAACUGUUACACUCAAGACUCUCUCAGCCCUUGUCACAAAAAUCUGAAAAUAGCUUAAAUGUUGCUAUUUACAACCUAUGCAAAGAAAAAAGAAAAAAAAAAACUUUAUGCAACUGCAUUUGAAGCAACUAAAAUCAAAUUUGCAGUUCUGCUUUUUAAUAGAUGUGCAUGACGUUUUCAUAGCUAGUUAUAUUUAAGAAACAUGAUUAUUAAACUUUAAAAGUUUGGACCAUAAUGCACAAUACUGCUUGUGAGAGUUUAUACAACAUCUGCAUUUUAAUAAAGUUUGUAUAUAAAUU